CUAUUAGGAUGGCGAAUGCGAAUGUUGCAAGCUAAGUUGAGUGAGUGUUGCGGUGAUUAGUGAGAGGAGCUCGAUCGAGACUCAAUUGGAACCAUGAAAUGUCUGCGGCAGUGCAAGGAAAGAAAGAAGAAGAGCCUUAAAUAGCUGAGUCGACGGAGCUAAAAAAGCAUUCGCUAACGAACCAACCACAGGCGAGAGCGCGCGGAACGCGACAGGCCCGCCGUUUGCUGCGUUUGUUUCGCUUUCUUUGCGUCCCGCGGCGAAAAAAGUAAUUCCGCAUUUUUUUUCCCGCAGGCAUCAUUUCAGCCAGGGCGCUUGGUUUUUCGUUUGUCCAGUAUUCUUUUUUCGUCUUCUUUUCUCCUAUCAAUCUUUGACUUGUUUGAGUCUUUUUCCAGCCAUAUCCUAGUACCUGUCUCUGUUUACUGCAGGUUUUGUGCUGUGAUAUACCCCUUUCGGACUUCCUACAACUUUCUUUCACAUUCCCUCAUUUUCAUUCAAAUAAUUUCAUCCGACAAAAUGGUCGACGCUCCCGAGAGUCCUAGGCCGCAGGAACAAACUCCCGCCAAAACUGGCUUCCAGAACGGCGUUCGAACGACGGGCCGUGCUUUCCACUCCCCCAACUGGCGCGUGAAGGGUGAGGAGAGCCCUAGCGGCCAGAGUGCCGGCUCCCCCGGCCCCAAGACCAGUACCUCGCGAGUCGCAUUCAGCAAACCGAGUCCCCAUGUCCCGCAGGCCAUCUCGGAGGGACGCCGCCUCUAUGUAGGCAACAUGCCCUACACGGCCAAAUCGGAGGAUGUGCAGGCACUGUUCACGGCCGCCGAAUUCCCAAUCGAGCGCAUCGAUAUCGCCAUCGAUCCCUUUACCGGCCGGAACCCUUCAUACUGCUUCGUGGACCUUGAGACGAAGGAACUGGCUGAGCGCGCGAUGGUCGAGUUGGACGGUCACGAUAUGCUGGGCCGUCCCGUCAAGAUCAAGCCGGGCGUGGUCAAGUCGCAAAGCGAGCGGUCUCAGCAGCAGCAGCAGCAACCCCGGACGGAUGGCUCCCCGCGUACCCCCAAGACUUCCUCCCCCUUCGGUAUGGACCGAUGGCGCCGUGACGACAGUGCCCCUGCUCCUCCCGCCGCCCCCGUCUUCCAGAGAACCAACUCCUCCGAUUCGAGCCGUCGUCUGUACGUCGGGGGACUGCCCCGCGUGAGCGACCAGGAGUCGAUUACCAGCAACAUCACGAACUUCUUCAAGGGAUUCAACAUUGAGAACAUCAGCAAAUUGUUCAGCCCUCAUCCCGCCAAACGGUUCGAGCCCGGUGACCAUUACUACUUGUUCGUCGACUUUGGCAGCGUUGAAGAAACGCAGGCUGCCAUGGACGCUCUGAACGGCAAGGAGGGACCCUGGGGUGGUAACAUCCGGGUGCAGCGAGCCCGCGGAGAGACCUGGAACUCCGAGGAGAGAAAGAACAAGUGGUCGAGCUCGCGGGAGAAUGGGGCUGCACCUGCCGAGACUGCGGUUGAUGCUUAAAGACAGAAAGAGAGCACCAUUUGCAUUUGAAAAUAACGGCCAUUUGGAGAAUUUUCUUGUUUUUUCUUGCAUGGGUUUGGGAGUCAAAAAGGAGCAAAAGGACACAAAAAAAGUUUAGAGAUUUGGUGCCUUCAAUUCUCGGGGCGAGAGAAGGCUUUUAUUUGUUAUGAUUAGAAAAGCAUCUGAACGACAUGCAUAAUAGCCUCUUUGGUUGUUGGAUGUAUAUAGCCGGAGGGCAUGACAUAGACACCAUCCCUUGCGGUAUCUUGGGACGACCCGGGAGGAAAUAUGGAGGACAGACUCCGGAAUGACCAUGAUGAUUCAAGCAAUCCACAAAGACUUUGCCCAGUACUACGUACCUUAUAGACAUUUAGAAUCCGUAGACCUACUACACUAAAGGUAGACUACUAAGACUAGCCGACUUGUGCCG